AUGUCGGACAACGUUUACCCUUGUACAACUUCGUUGCAUGGAAGGUUGGCCACUAUACAGCCAAGGCUCGGCAAUAACGCUCGAAGGGCGACGCAUUGUGGAUGCGAUCGCUCGUCUGAAUCUUCUUGGAACCUAAAUUCUUUAACAGACUCAGAUGUGCAAUCAACUCAGGUCCCAGUGACCCCUCACGCCACGGUGACACACCAGAUUCCGCAUCUCUUGCCAUUCGACGAGCAGAAUGAUAUAAGCAGUACCUGA